GCUGCCAUCAUCAGCUGAUUCGUUUCGUAGAUAAUAACGAAGCUUGGCAGCGGGACGUGAAGACCGCCGAAGUAUACAUAAUAUGAAGCUUUGAUAGGUCGUAUUUAAAUAAAGAGAGAACAGCAUUGCUCGUUAUAUUACGUAUUCGAAGUUCUAUGAUGACCGAAAACAACGAAGAGACGAAUCUUCCCGAAAACGAACUCGAAUACGAGUUUUCAACACCGGAUAAGCAAGAGGCGCGGGCUUUUCUGCGCGAACGAUUCCUGCGUGUUAUGACUGGAGUUAUUGGUAAACACGCGACAUUCCACAUGUACGAAAAUACAAAAGUCGACGCAGAAUUUCGCGGAUGCGAUGUCGAUUGCUUGGAGAUAUUUGCCAGGAACCUGGAAACUCCUUUGGGCAAAGUGCCUGAAGCUAUUUUAAGAGCAACAGACGUCAUUUGCAUUGAAAUUAAUGGAAUAACAACUCAAUCAUGAAUAAUAUUUUCAAAUAAAAGA